AGCUCUUCAUCUCCCUAGCCUACUUCUUGGUUGCCCAACUAGCUGCCAUAUCCACCAAUGGCAUUAAACUUCAUACCAAAGCUACUACUAGUUCUAGCCUUUGCUGCUUUUUCAGCCGGAGCUAGAAGAAGUGAGCUCGAACUCAAAGAAACCCAUCUGUCCUUGUUCUUCCAUGACAUAGCCUCCGGUCCAAAUUUCACACUAAUUCCAGUUGCCGGUAUCGCGGGCAAGCUCUGGACCUUCGAUCAGUUUGGAACAGCUUUUGUGACGGACGAUCCUCUAACCGAGACCCCUGAUCGAAGCGCACCCAUAGUUGGGAGAGGCCAAGGCAUUUAUGUGACGUCAGGGCUGGAUGGACGUAACACCCAUGUCUUGAUAUCCAUUGUGUUCACCAACAAGAAGUACAAUGGCAGCACACUGGAGAUACAAGGAACCAGCAAGCAGUUCGAGAAAGUCAGAGAGGUUUCAGUGGUGUCCGGUACCGGACAGUUUCGGUUCGCCAGGGGAUACGCGACGUUCGAGACGUAUCUUUGGGAUCCGGCAACUUUCUACUCCGUGGAGAGGUGCAACGUUACAGUGCAACACUACUAGAAGAUUAUGUUUGUUUGUAGGUUUAGAAAAUGGGGUAAAUAAUCAACAAAUAUGGAGCUGUUCAUGUUUGUAUGGAUGCUCUGGUGGUGAUUUAUAAUUUGCAGAUUGUAGGUCUCUGACUCUUUGUUUACCUGUAAUCCCCCCACAUGAAUUUGGAUUCGAAUAAAAUUGCUUCAACUUGUGUU